CAGACUACCGAAAUUUUCAACUAUUAGGCGAAAUCCAUUCAUUGCAUCUGGCCGCAAUUCGGAGCAAACAAACGGUUAUUUGCCGACCAACAAUCAAAGCCAGCUGUCUGUCACACCCGGCUAAAAUAAAAUACCUACCUUAGGUAUCGACAACGCAACCGCACACAAGCAAAAGCCAUGUCUGCGACAAUGACCAUGACCUUUCCACCCAUAACCUCUAAGCAAUUACCCACAAUGACAGCCACGACGACAACCACCACAACCUCCUGCUGCCCGAACUGCGGGCUCUCGCUCCCGUCCCCGUCCCCGACGCCGACGAACUCCGACGCGCAGACGACCGCACUCCUCCAAGCGCAGAAGCAGAUCGAGGACCUGCAGGCCCAGGUGCGGCUGCUCAACCAGAAGGCCACGGCGGCCGUCGACCGCUGGGCCGACUACGAGGACGAGCUGUCGCGGCUGCGGGCCGCGUCCAUGACGUCGGCCGCCACAACCACAUCAAACACAAACACACAGGCGUGCUCACCACCGCCGCCGUCGAGCGUCGCGGCGUCGUCCCCGCGCUCCUCGUUCCUGCCCACGGGUGCCGCGGCGCGCAUAUCGCAGCUCCUGACGCCGCGCAAGUCGGCGCCGAACCUGGCGGCGCAGGCGGCGAGGGGCUCGGUCUCGUCGCCGCACCUACCACCACUACCCCCGCCAACGGCGAACGGCCACCACGCGAGCGUCAGCGUAGGCACGAAUAUGAGCGUGGACAGGGAUUUGUUGGAGGAGCUGUCGCGCGAGAAGGAGCUUAGGGCGCGCGCGGAGGGUAGGCUGAACGAUACGAGUAAGGAGGUGGAGGAGCUCAGCGCGACGCUGUUCGAGCAGGCGAAUGAGAUGGUGGCGACGGAACGCAGGGCGCGGGCGAAGCUUGAGGAGCGGGUUAGCGUGCUUGAGAGGAGGGAUGUGGAGAAGCGGGAUCGGCUUGAGAGGUUGGAGGGCGCGAUGGGGAGGUUGGAGAGGGUGAGGGCGUUGUUGGGGGAGAGCUGAGAUAUUGGGGGAUGACUUAGCCUUUUUUCCUGCCCGCCCGGUAGUUCAACUGAGGAGGAAGAAGAAGACGAGAUGAGGUUUUAGGAUGGGAGGAUGGGGUGUUGCUGGACUGAUAAGGGUCCGGUUUAUGCGGAAGGGUGGAGUGCCCGGUUGUGGUACCCGCGAACCGCUCCGGAGCUUGUCGAGUCAUGUCGAGUCAUGACAUGCGUAUUGAUAUCAAGGGGGCCCGCAAGACGGAAAGGCGUUGG